GGGAGUGCAGAGGAGUGAGUGAGUCAUGAAGCAGGGGAAAAUUCCCUUGCAAAACAUUUGUAAUUAUUUCAUUAGCUUUCAUUGAAUACCUGUGACGUUGAUAAUGUAGCCAAAUGUAACUUUUGGUAGAGAUUUUCAGCUUUAGUAAUGGAUGCAGUUGGGAGAAUUGUGAACGACAACAGGACACUUCUUUUACUCGUCCUUGUUGUCGGUUCUCUGUUUUGGUAUCAAAAGCAAGUCUUUAUUGCCGAGCAAGAGCAAAAGCAUUCCCUGCAUCGCUGGUUAAAGGAACAAGGGUUAGACGAAUAUAUAAAUAAUCUUAAUAGAGCAGGUGUCAAAAAUAAAGAAAACUUUUCAAAACUUGAUAUAUCAAAGUUCCUUCACAAGUACUUCCCAAAUCUACAUGGAAAGAAAUACUCAAAUUCUUACCAUAGACUUGAAAUUCACAUUCUCAAGUUACAGAAUCACUUGAAAAUAUUUUACUGGUUAGAGCACAAUGGCCUUGAACAAUAUCUCGAUGUGCUGGUGGAUUUAGGAUACAGUGACAUGGAUGAUAUCAAAGAAAAUUUGACCCAGGAGACAAUUGAGAAAAUCACUAGAUAUGAAUUUACAAGAAAUCACCUUUCAAGGUUUGAAUAUGCUCUCACAAAGUUAAGAACAGAAGAGACAAGUAGACCUGGAGGUUUCUGGUUUAGACUGUUGCAUUAUCCUAUUUAUAUUUUCUUGCGGGUUUUCUGGUUUAUUGUGUGGAUUCUUAGAAUUGUAGUGAAGGCAAUGGGGUUUCUCUUGUUUUCACUAUAUCUGAUAUUCAAAGUAUCUUCAAUUGUACGGAAAACUCGAAAUGAAUGUCAGCGCCGUAAGACAACUUUGUUGAACUAUGCCAUUGGGAAUUAUCUCUAUGCAACGAGGACAAGAAUACGAUGGCACUGGAGUGAGCCUGCUACAGUUGGACAAACAAUGACUUUUGUAAUUGAGUUCUAUAGGUAUAAUUGGUUAAGUUACCCAGUAGAUGAAAGAAGUGGAAUAUCAAUUGAGAUUCUCCACAAAGGAAGCAUAGUGGCUACAUCCUGUGACUAUGGUGGAUUAGCAGGCAGCAGUAACUUAAGAAGCAACCAAGUUAAAGUGAUGUUUACUGUGCGUCAGGCUGGUGAAUACAGYAUAUCAGUAAUGCUUGUUGGAGACCACGUCAGUGGUAGUCCUUUUACUAAACUUUUCUUGCCAGGACCUGUAGAUGCAUCCAAGUGUUGUGUAGUUGAUAAGUUAUCCAUGGUGGUAGUUAAGAAGGAUACAUACUCUCCAUUAUUAGUACAAGUUAAAGACAAAUAUGGGAAUAUAUGCGCUCUUAAUGAUGAAAGUGAUUUAUCAAAGUUUAAAGUGGAUAUAAAAAGGAUUGGAAGUACUCAUUCAGUAGACCCAGAACUGUUUGUAGAUACUUCAGAAAUCCCUGUGGCUAAUGUUUUGCACAUCAAGCUAGAAGAAGAAGGRUGUUACAUUGGUGUUAUAACUUAUAAUGAUUGUCCUAUUGACAACAAUGCCAUCACUAUUUUAUCCCUUACCAUGGAUGAGUGGAUGUCCAUGGAGAAAAACAUYGAAAAACAUUGCUAUAAUGUUUGGUAUGAAUCAGCWCUGCUAGUMUCAARUCAAGCAGAUAAUAGRKCUACCAAAAAGGUGUAUUGCUACAUUUCACCAAAGCAUUUAUCCAUUAAAGACUUCUAUUUUAUAAUUAUCCCACAUAAGCUACAUGUUUUCCGUGUUUCUCCWCGAACAAAGCUAAUUCUACAUCCACCAAACGUAAAUUUGAAGCAUCCAACAUUCACAAUAAGCGAUGGUGUUCAGCCACCAGUCAAAGUAAUGUGCGAGGAUAGAAAUGUACUUGUUGCAACAUUCUCUCGUCUACUGCUUUCAAAUAUUGGGGGCUCGGAGACAUUCAAAAAGAAGCAGGAAUUCUUCUACCAGAAGCUGCUUUCAAAACAUGGCUCAAAGUUUGGUAGUACUAAAUUAAAGAUUAAUCGUGAAAAUCUCCUUGAAAGUUCAUUCUCUGCCUGCAAGUCUCUGAGMYACAGUAGUGAUUGGUUACGUCUUUUUAACAUAACGUUCCAAGGAGAAGAGGGUUUGGACUGGGGUGGGGUGCGACGCGAGUGGUUUGACCUGCUAUCAAAUCAACUCUUCGGUCAUGAAAAUCARUUGUUUAUGCGUUUUAAAGAUGACGAUCCACAAGCCUUGGUCCAUCCAAAUCCAAGACGACCAAACCAUUUAAAGAUCAAAUACUACGAGUUUGCUGGCCGCAUUGUGGGUAAAUGUUUGUACGAAUCAGCUGCCGGCGCAGGACGACGACAAAACGUAAAAGCCAAGUUCUCGCGUUCAUUUCUUGCCCAGCUUCUUGGUCAACGCGUUACAUACAAGCACUUCGAAACUGAUGACAAGGAACUCUUUCGUAGUAAAAUCAARUAUAUUGAAGACAACGAUCCUGAGGACUUGGAUUUGAAGUUUGAAGAGGAAUGCUAUGACAGCAAGGGGAAGCUAGUUAAAACAGUAGAGCUCAAACCAGGUGGUUCUCAUAUUCCAGUCACUCAAGAAAACAAACUUGAAUACCUUGAUUUACUGGCACAGUAUAGACUGGUAACUAGCUGCCAGCAAGAGGUGGAAAGUUUUCUUAAAGGAUUAAACGAACUUGUUCCWGACAGCUUGCUAAGCAUCUUUGAUGAAAACGAGUUGGAGUUGGUUAUGUGUGGUACUGGUCACAUCAGUGUUGCAGAUAUGAAAGCCAAUUCUAUCCAAUCCAUUUUCUCGAACAAGACAAUAGAUUGGUUCUGGACGAUUGUUUCUAGUUUCACACAAGAAGAACUGGCUCGACUUGUUCAGUUUAUCACUGGAAGUUCACAGUUACCACCUGGAGGUUUUAUUGAGCUCUCGCCAAAAUUACAAAUCAUGCAUAUAGGAAGCACAGACACGCUCCCAGUAGCGCAUACAUGCUUCAAUCAACUGUGUAUACCAAACUACUCAUCAUUCGAACAAAUGGAGAGAAUGUUGCUUAUUGCUCUUACUGAAGGAUGCGAGGGAUUUGGUUUUGCUUAGGCUUUUGCAGAGACUUUCCUAAAAGAACGAGAUAACCUUCAAUUCUUUAAGAUACAGACCACUUUCCUUGGCCUAUAUUUUCAUAUCUUUCCUUCUGAGCUUUGGUAAGAUAUCUGGGGAAAAUUGUAUGGGAGCUUCUUUAUUAGAAUCAUUGGUAAUGACAAUAGCUAGUAUAGUAAUGCUUCUUUGAAUUMCAAAAAACAAUCAAACAUGAACAUUUUCAAUACAAUAUAAAUAUAAUAUAUAAUAUAUAAUAUAUUUAUAAUAUAAAUUUUCGAAUUGAUAAAAAGUUUUUAAUACACAAAUAAUAAAAAUGAAACUGCUA